AAGGCUCAACAAGGACCUGCGACACUUUCUCAGUCAGCGCUUCCAGAAGGGGUCUGCAGAUCAUGAGCUCCAGCAGAUCAUAAGGGACAAUCUGUACCGCCACGCUGUGCCUUGCACAACCCGAAAUCCAAGAGAAGGAGAGGUGCCUGGCGUGGAUUACAACUUUCUGACUGUGAAGGAGUUCCUGGACCUCGAGCAAAGCGGGAAUCUUCUAGAAGUUGGCACCUAUGAAGGAAACUAUUAUGGGACACCCAAACCUCCCAGCCAGCCAGUCAGUGGGAAAGUGAUCACAACGGAUGCCUUGCAAAGCCUUCAGUCUGGCUCCAAACAGUCGACCCCGAAGCGAACCAAGUCCUAUAAUGAUAUGCAAAAUGCUGUCAUAGUCCAUGCAGACAAUGAGGAGGAGGAUGACGUUCCUGAAAUGAACAGUAGCUUUACAGCCGAUUCUGGUGACCAGGACGAGCACACUCUCCAAGAAGCCACACUCCCACCUGUGAAUAGUACUAUCAUCGCCGCUCCCAUCACGGACCCUUCUCAGAAGUUCCCUCAGUACCUACCUCUUUCUGCAGAGGAUAAUUUAGGUCCUCUACCUGAAAACUGGGAGAUGGCCUAUACCGAAAAUGGAGAAGUCUAUUUUAUAGACCAUAACACAAAAACAACAUCUUGGUUAGACCCUCGGUGCCUGAACAAGCAGCAGAAGCCUCUGGAAGAAUGUGAAGAUGAUGAAGGGGUACACACCGAGGAGCUGGACAGUGAACUAGAACUGCCUGCUGGUUGGGAAAAGAUCGAAGACCCUGUCUAUGGUGUCUACUAUGUAGACCACAUCAACAGGAAGACACAGUACGAGAACCCAGUUCUAGAAGCCAAAAGGAAGAAGCAGUUAGAACAGCAGCAGCAGCAGCAGCAGCCGCCACCGCCAGAAGAAUGGACAGACGAUCCCUCAUCCCUUGUGCCUCCAGCUGUUCCUUCCCAUCCCCCAAGCAAUCCAGAGCCAGCCAGGGAAGCUCCACUUCAGGGCAAACCCUUUUUUACACGAAACCCUUCUGAGUUGAAAGGCAAGUUCAUCCACACAAAGCUGCGGAAAAGCAGUCGUGGCUUUGGCUUCACGGUUGUUGGAGGAGAUGAACCUGAUGAGUUCCUCCAGAUCAAGAGCCUGGUCCUAGAUGGUCCUGCCGCACUAGACGGCAAGAUGGAGACAGGGGAUGUAAUUGUCAGCGUGAACGACACCUGCGUUUUGGGACACACACAUGCACAAGUUGUGAAAAUCUUCCAGUCCAUUCCCAUUGGUGCCAGCGUGGACCUUGAACUCUGUCGAGGUUAUCCAUUGCCUUUUGACCCUGAUGACCCCAAUACAAGUUUAGUGACCUCAGUGGCCAUUUUGGACAAAGAACCAAUUAUUGUGAAUGGACAAGAGACCUAUGAUUCUCCAGCAAGCCACAGUAGUAAAACAGGCAAAGUCAACAGCGUGAAGGAUGCCAGGCCGAGCAGCCCUGCUGACGUGGCUUCUAACAGUUCCCAUGGUUACCCCAAUGACACCGUGUCUUUAGCUUCUUCCAUAGCCACUCAGCCAGAACUCAUCACUGUCCACAUAGUCAAAGGGCCAAUGGGCUUUGGUUUUACUAUAGCGGACAGUCCUGGUGGAGGUGGCCAGAGAGUGAAGCAGAUCGUUGACAGUCCAAGGUGCCGCGGGCUAAAAGAAGGGGAUCUUAUAGUGGAAGUGAAUAAAAAGAACGUGCAGGCGCUCACACACAACCAAGUCGUGGAUAUGCUGAUUGAAUGCCCAAAGGGAAGUGAGGUCACACUGUUGGUGCAGCGAGGAGGGUUGCCAGUUCCCAAGAAGAGCCCAAAGUCGCAACCACUGGAAAGGAAAGACAGCCAGAAUAGUUCCCAGCACAGUGUUUCCAGCCACCGGAGCCUGCACACGGCAUCACCAAGCCACGGCACUCAGGUGCUCCCAGAAUACCCACCUGCAGAGGCCGCCACUCCAGAUCAGACUGACAGUGCUGCACAGAAAAAGCCAGAUCCUUUUAAAAUCUGGGCCCAAUCCAGGAGCAUGUAUGAAAACCGACCUAUGUCACCUUCGCCUGCCUCGGGAUUGAGCAAGGGUGAAAGAGAAAGAGAAAUCAGUUCUACAAAUUUUGGAGAAUGUCAGAUUCCAGAUUACCAGGAACAAGACAUCUUCCUCUGGAGAAAAGAGACCGGAUUUGGAUUUAGGAUUCUGGGUGGAAAUGAGCCAGGGGAACCUAUUUAUAUUGGUCACAUUGUACCACUGGGUGCUGCUGAUACGGAUGGCCGCCUGAGGUCUGGUGAUGAAUUAAUCUGUGUAGACGGGACACCAGUAAUUGGAAAAUCACACCAACUUGUGGUCCAGCUUAUGCAACAAGCUGCCAAGCAAGGCCACGUCAAUCUCACAGUGCGGCGUAAAGUGGUGUUUGCUGUGCCCAAGACAGAGAACGAGGUGCCCUCUCCUGCCUCAUCACACCACAGCAGCACCCAGCCAGCCUCACUGACAGAAGAGAAGCGCACACCGCAGGGUAGCCAGAACUCGCUGAACACGGUGAGCUCAGGCAGUGGCAGCACAAGUGGCAUCGGGAGUGGUGGUGGCGGUGGCAGCGGCGUGGUGAGCACCGUGGUGCAGCCCUAUGAUGUGGAGAUCCGGCGUGGGGAGAAUGAGGGCUUCGGCUUUGUCAUUGUGUCCUCAGUGAGCAGGCCUGAAGCAGGCACGACUUUCGGUCGGAUUAUUGAGGGGAGCCCUGCUGACCGCUGUGGCAAGCUGAAAGUAGGAGACCGGAUCUUGGCAGUAAAUGGAUGUUCCAUCACCAACAAAUCCCAUUCAGACAUUGUCAACUUAAUCAAGGAAGCAGGAAAUACAGUUACCCUCCGCAUCAUUCCUGGGGAUGAGUCCUCGAAUGCCACCUUGCUGACCAAUGCUGAGAAGAUUGCCACCAUCACCACCACACAUGCCCCUUCUCAGCCGGGGGCCCAGGAGACAAGGAACACCUCCAAACCAAAGCCGGAAUCUCAGUUCGAGUUCAAAGCACCCCAGGCUACACAGGAACAAGAUUUUUACACUGUGGAACUGGAAAGAGGAGCCAAGGGAUUUGGCUUUAGUCUUCGAGGGGGUCGAGAGUAUAACAUGGACCUCUAUGUUCUGCGCUUAGCAGAGGAUGGUCCUGCGGAAAGGUGUGGAAAGAUGAGGAUUGGUGAUGAAAUUCUGGAGAUUAAUGGUGAGACCACAAAAAACAUGAAGCAUUCUCGGGCCAUAGAACUGAUUAAGAAUGGUGGCCGCAGAGUUCGUCUGUUUCUGAGGCGGGGAGACGGCUCGGUCCCAGAAUAUGACCCCAGCAGCGACCGGAACGGCCCCUCCACCGGUGCACAAGGUGUUCCGGAAGUGAGGCCCGGGCCGCCCGACCGCCGGCCGCAUCCAUCAUUGGAGUCCAGUUACCCACCCGAUCGUCACAAAUCAUCACCACAUGGGGAAAAGCGGGCACAUGCGAAGGACGCAAAAGGCAGCAGAGAGUACAGCAGACAACCCAAUGAACACCACACCUGGAAUGGAACUUCUAGAAAAGCCGACAGCGGGGCAUACCGACCCAAGGACCGGGCACCCGAGGGGGGACGGAGAGAUGCGCAGCAGCCCGAGCGCCUGGAGACCAAUGGCCCCAAGAGGAGGUCCCCGGAGAAGCGCCGGGAAGGCACCCGGAGCGCUGACAAUACUUUGGAGAGGAGGGAGAAGCAUGAGAAGAGAAGGGAGCCGUCUCCCGAGAGGAGGCGGGAACGGUCGCCCGGCCGGCGGCGCAGGUCCCUGGAGAGACUCCUGGAGCAGAGACGGUCCCCAGAGCGCAGGCGCGGGGCCUCCCCGGAGAGGAGAGCCAAGUCCAGCGACCGCAGGCGCGCCAGGUCCCCCGAGCGCCGGCGAGAGCGCUCCCUGGACCGAAGGAACCGGGAGGACCGAGCCGGCCACCACCGAGAGAGGGAAGAGGCCGGUGUGAAACAGGAGGCCGGCAGAAGUUCCAGAAAUGCCCCUGAGCAGAGAAGGCGGCCUUACAAAGAAUGUAGCACCGACCUCAGCAUCUGAGACGCCAACCUUUACCGUGUCAAAGGUUCUAAGAGGAAGGUCACAAACCUGAAAUCAUUUAGUUUCUUACCUAAUGAAGCAUCUGACACCUGAUGAUCCUCUGAAGAGCAACGAACAUUUUGUGCGUUUGAAAUCUUAUCAGAAAAAAAAUAUAUAUAUGAAAAGUGUUG